AUGUCUGAACUCGACGCCCGUGAAGCUGCCUUGGUUCUCCGUGAGGAGGCAGUCGUCAUUCGAGAAGCCCAACUCGCCGCUGGUGAGGCUGCAUUUGCCAGCAAAGAGGAAACACAUACGGGUCCGGAAGCUGAAGCUCAAGACUUUUUUUCCAAAAUCGAAGACGAAGGUGAGGCUCAAUCACAACUCCAACAAGUGCCAGAGCUUGUUUCGGAGGGGAGAGGUGAAGUGGCUGUCCUCGAAUUAAUGGGAGAGCAGGCAGCGGAGGUGGAUAAAGCAAAAGAUGACUUGAAGACUGAGGAGUUUCACCCUACUCAAGAUCCUGAGUAUGUUGCAGAUUCGCAGGCAGGAGCUAGUGGGGGCGUGAAUGGAGAUUCAACCGAGGAAGGAGUGAAAGUCAAGGUUGAGGAUAAGGAAGUGGCGUCCCAGGAGUUGACACCCGAUCAUACGCUAGAGGGAGAACACAAAAUAGUUGAUGCAUCACCAAAGGCUCAAGCGGAACCAUCAAAAGUAAUUCCAGAGUCUGGCGAAGAAACACCGUCUACCAAGGCACUAACACAAGCUUUGCCAGAGGAUAUCCAUCCAACUAGGGGAACAAAACAAACCGUCCAGCCUCACGAAACCAAAGAUAUCCAAGCACUCAAGUCAGAGGUUCCUCCUCGGGACGAGCCGACAGAUACCCCCGAAAAGGACCCUUCGUCGGCGCCAAUCGAUGAACCUACCUUGACGGGAGAGAAAAUGGACAUUCAUGAACCAAACGUGGAAUCCGCUUCUAUCAGUAGGGUUGAAACCACAGCUCCUGUACUACAGGAUACUACCCCUGACACUGGAGUGGAAUCUACUGAAGAACAAGCGGAGAGAUUCUUAGCAGAGAGGUCUGCAUCUGAACCUGAAAGCAGCAUCAAGGGAGGGCUUCCUAGUCCUACUCCAGCGGAGAAAAGCUUGCUUCCUGAAGCUCAAUCUGGGAAUACCAUGGAGGGUGGAAAACCCACCCCCGCUUCAGCUUCAACUCGUUUAGACGAGUCUAAAGUGGGUGAAGGUGAAAACACCAUAGUUCCUCACGAGGGCCCGGCAUCGACCCAAGAUGAAGAUGUUUCCGACACCAACCCCAAUGCAUCUACUUCAACUGACGAGACCGAACAUCUAGCAAUGCCAAUUGAACGUAAAGUUGAUGAGCCAGUCGAGAAGGCCGAAGCGACUCAGGACGAGGUUUCUAACACUGUUAAGAAAGUGACAUUUGAGGCUGAGGAUGCAUCACCAGACCUUGCCAAAGAAGUUCAGAAUCCUCUUGAGGAAGGAAAUUUUGCUGUAAAUAGGGGAUUGCCUGUGCAAGGUCAAUCGGUGUAA